AUGACGUCCAACUGCUCACCAGCCUCCAUCAAGAGUGGCCCCCGGCCCCCCUCUGUCUGCUCCAGUAGCAUAAGCUGCCGGCCUGAACUGUGUCUGGGUUAUGCCUGCCAACCCACAACAUGCGUGUCUUCCAUCUGCAUGCCCACCACCUACCGGCCAGCUAGCUAUCUCCCCAAGACCUACCUACCCAGCUCCUGUUGGCCUAGCAGCUGCCGGCCAGCCAGUGGCAUCUCCAGCUCUGUGAGUACCUGCAGCUGGUACUGUGAAGGGUCCUUCAAUGGCAACGAGAAGGAGACCAUGCAGGUCCUGAAUGAUCGCCUGGCCAGCUACCUGGAGAAGGUACAUCAGCUGGAGCAGGAGAAUGCCAGCCUGGAGAGCAAGAUCCAAGAGGCCUGCCAGUCUCAAGUGUCCACCAUGUGUCCUGAUUAUCAGGCUUAUUUUGGGACCAUUGAGGAGCUGCAGCAGAAGGUUCUGUGCACCAAGGCAGAGAACACCAGGUUGGUUGUGCACAUUGAUAAUGCCAAGCUGGCUGCUGAUGACUUCAGGACCAAGUAUGAGACCGAGCUGGCCAUGCGGCAGCUGGUGGAGGCUGACUCCAACGGCCUGCGCAGGAUCCUAGAUGAGCUGACCCUGUGCAAGGCCAACCUGGAGAUGCAGGUGGAGUCCCUGAAGGAGGAGCUGCUGUGCUUCAAGAAGAACCAUGAAGAGGAGGUCAGUGCCCUCCGAUGCCAGCUUGGGGACCGCCUUAACAUUGAGGUGGACGUUGCACCUCCUGUGGACCUGAACAGGAUCCUGGAAGAGAUGCGGUGUCAGUAUGAGACCCUGGUGGAGACCAACCACAGGGAUGUGGAGGAAUGGUUCAACACGCAGAUGGAGGAGCUGAACCAGCAGGUGGCCAUGAGCUCUGAGCAGCUUCAGAGCUACCAGUCAGACAUCAUUGAAAUGAGAGAAACGGUCAACACACUGGAGAUUGAACUGCAGGCCCAGCACAGCCUGAGGGACUCCCUGGAGUCCACCCUGGCGGAGACGGAGGCCCGCUGUGGCUCCCAGCUGGCCCAGAUGCAGUGCGUGAUCAGCAACGUGGAGGCCCAACUGGCUGACAUUCGCUGUGACCUGGAGCGGCAGAACCACGAGUACCAGGUGCUGCUGGACGUCAAGGCCCGGCUGGAGGGCGAGAUCGCCACGUACCAGGGCCUGCUGGACAGCGAGGACUGCAAGUUGCCCUGUCCCCGACGCUCCACUCCCUCCUGUCACCCUUGUGCGCCCUCUCCCAGCAUGCCCCGCACCAUCUGCGUGCCCCGCACCAUCUGUGUGCCCUGUGUGCUCGCCCCCACGGGCUGCUACUGAUGUUCCUCAGCAUGGGUGGGUCCUGGAGGCUGGAGUGAAUGCCUGCUGCCUCCUCAGGCCAGGCCUGACCAUGGUCCAGUGGCCACCACGAGAGCAGGGCCAGCCCAGCCGGCAGGGAAGACCCAGAGCAGCACCAGCAGGUGGGCAGUCAGCAAUGUGCUCUGAUACCGCAGGGGCGCCCUUGCCCCCAUCUCCUAGAAACCGUCUC